AUUGUCAACACGAAAGCCGAAUUUGUUCCGAUGAAUCGCCUGCAAAAGCACCGAGAAGUGGAAAUGUUUUGAUUGUAAAAAUUAUAUUUUAAAAGGUGGCAAUAAAUGUUUUUAUAUAAAAAGUGUGAAGUCACAAGCUGUGUUUAAAAGUGUCGUGUGUAAGUUCUCUGUGUUUUUCGUCGUCAUCUGACUGCAGUAUAUUGCAAAGUUUGUUGAGAAAAUACCAAACGAAAUGUGGAAAUCGACGGCUGGUCGCGACAUCGACGUGGGUCUCGCUCCCGAGGGCGAUGACGACUGGGAGACCGAUCCGGACUUUGUGAACGAUGUGAACGAACAAGAGCAACGAUGGGGAUCAAAAACGGUGGAGGGUUCGGGCCGGAGUGCUGCGGCCAUCGAUAUGCAGCAGCUGCGGGAGGAAACCGAGCGGGCGGAUAAGGAAAAGAAGCAGAAGGAAGGGCCAAAAUCAUCCCACGGCUACGGCGGAAAAUUUGGCGUGGAGAAAGAUCGGAUGGACAAGUCGGCGCUGGGGCACGACUACGUGGGGAAGGUGGAAAAACAUGCCUCCCAGAAGGACUACUCGACCGGGUUCGGCGGGAAGUUCGGGGUGCAGUCGGACCGGGUGGACAAGUGCGCCGCGACCUGGGAGCACAAGGAGAAGGUGGAGAAGCACAGCUCCCAGAAGGACUAUGUGACCGGAUUCGGGGGGAAGUUCGGCGUACAGACAGAUCGGGUGGACAAAUCCGCCGUGGGGUGGGAUCACGUUGAGAAGGUGGACAAGCACGAAUCGCAGAAGGAUUACAGCAAGGGAUUCGGAGGCAAGUUCGGGGUGGAAGCGGAUCGGCAGGAUAAAUCGGCGGUCGGUUGGGAUCACAUGGAAACGGUGCAGAAACAUGAGAGUCAACUGGAUCAUAAAGUGGGUUUCGGCGGCAAAUUUGGUGUCCAAAGCGAUAGGAAAGACAAGUCGGCUCUCGGCUGGGACCACGUCGAGAAACCAGAAAUGCACGAGAGUCAGGUCGAUCAUAAGAUUGGCUUUGGCGGAAAGUUUGGAGUGCAAAGCGAUCGAAUGGACAAAUCGGCCCUCGGUUUCCAGGAACAGGACAAAAUUGGCACUAACUAUACCAAAACUAAGCCGGAUAUUGGUUCGGCAAAACCGUCAAACAUUCGAGCACGGUUCGAGAACUUCGCUGUGGCAGCCGAAGAGGAAACACGAAAAAAGGCAGAAGAGCAAAAGCGAUUGCGCUUGGAAAAGGAUAAGAAGGAUCGAGAUGAAGCGGCUAAACGAGCAAACAACGUGAACGAAAAUGUGGAGCCUAAAAAACCGGAACGAAAGGGUCCCAUCAAUACGGGUCGAGAGCAAGGCGUUGGAAACGCCAUCAGCAACUUCAAUAAACAACCCGACACAACAGCAGACAGCGCUAGGAAGGAACAGAUCGUACUGCCAAAGGAGGAAUCCCGUCCGGUAGUCCAACCGGAUGUAAUCCCAACAAAUGCAGUUCCUGCAGCUCAACGAGUGGAGCAACCUCCACCAACAUCACCACCUCCAGCAACGGCAGUGGUUGUGGAAGAGCCAGCACCCUCUCAGGCUGCGGUUGCCAGGAGUCAAUCGGUUACAAUCGAACCGGAACCAACGCCAGAACCCGCUCCCAUAGAAUCGCCAGUAGCCUCAACAGAAGUGGCUCCCACCGAGCAGGGAGAACCGGAGGAGUUUAUUCUGUCGGCGGACGAUCCGGGCGUACAGGCGGUCGCUCUGUACGAUUACCAAGCCGCCGCGGAUGACGAGAUUUCGUUCGACCCGGAUGAUCGGAUCACCCACAUCGAAAUGAUUGAUGAAGGUUGGUGGCGAGGAUUGUGCAACAAUCAGUACGGAUUGUUCCCAGCGAAUUACGUCCUACUGAUUCAGUAAGAAAAACAUUUAGAUAAGGCAACCGCUCAAAGCAUUUGACAUUAUUUUUGUUGUAUUUUAUCAUUCAACUUUCUUUAAAAAUAUUUUGAUUGUUGCAAGCAUUGAAAAAAAAGCAUUUAUUGGUAUUUACAACCCACAUUAAUACGCAGAGGAACAUUCCUUGAAGAUGAUUAUUUUUAGUUUGUUCAGCUUAUGUUCAGCUUAGUUUGUAGCUUAUUUUAUUUUACGAUAAUGCAACAAUACACGGUUUGAAUCACCAUAUCUUCCUACCCAUUUCGUUGAACGAAUUUAUACUAGUGCUAUUAUACCGAAAUUCGGUCACUAGGCGUUCUUUUAUUUUAAUCUCCAUUAAUGUGAAUUUUGGCACUUAGCCAGUUUUUCACCGUCUAGGAGUGUUGACAGAGAACUUUUUUACUUAACACCUUAAUACCACGUCCGAACAAUGCCUGAAGGACUAUAGAAAAAGAACAAUUUGCCGAUUAAUUAAAACAUUAGUGUAAUUCGUUGAAAUCAAUCUAUAUAACCACGAUUAGUUAUAACAUUGACAA